AUGCCUCCUGACAAGAUCGAUGAGCGGGUCCCUCGCCCGUCAGCAGCAGCAGCAAGCCGGGUGAACCAGAAUAAUAGUGCCGCCUCCUCCACCACCGCCAACAUUAAUAGUCCUCAGGCCCAGCUCCCGCAGCACCUUCCGCCUCAGCACCAGCACCAGCACCAGCUCCAGGUCCAGCAUCCGCACGCUGCCCCUGCCACGGUGCCGACUCCGCUGGCGCCGCCUCUCCAGCACCCGCUCCAGCAAUCGCAGCCCAUUGAGUCCUCACGCAAUGCCAUGGAGCGAACGAGCACUCACAGCCUCCGGGCUGCCUUUCGGUCCUCCUACUCCAACCACACCCAUAACCACAACGGAGGAGGCGUCGCCGGCACCAUCCGCGCCGUAACGCCCGAGGUGGGCGAUGCCCCCGAGGUCACCAUUGGCUCUUCCUCUGAUGCGACCGCCUCCACCCUGCAUCACAGCAGCAGCGCCGCCGUCGCCUCCCACGAAACCUCGCCGCGAUCCAUCCCCAGCGGGCCCAGCAGCCGUCGCCAGGGCAUGGUCUUCAACGACUCCUUCAGCGACGCCUACGAGAGCACCGACUCGAGCCCCCCGCCCCCCUCCGCCUCCACCUCGUCCAACCGACUGACCAGCAGCUCCUUCCGCCCACGAACCCGCACCAUGGACGCCGCCAUGCUGACGAACCAGAGGGCCGCGCCCCCGGGCAUUGAGCAGCGCCAUCGCGUAGGCAGCAUGAGCUCGUCCGGCUCCCAGCCAACGGCUCCCAUUCCCACCUCCGCCCCCGAGGAGCCCAGGCUGCCCGCCGCCGGCCUCGAGUCGACCGGAUUCCCUACCAUCAUGGGGGGCCGAAGUUUCGAGGCCGCCGUCCCCACGAACAAGAGCAGCGACAAGAAGACCAGCUCGAACCGCAGGCUCAUGAAGCGCCAGUCCUCGCAUCCCGCCCCUCACCCCCCGAUACCCUAUUCGCCCUCCAUCGAUAGCCUGGCCAUCCCGAUCCGGAUCGAGAACCCUCACAGAAUCACCCAGCUGAUGCUCACCCUGUGCGGCAAGAUGCGUGGAGAGGUCGAGUACCAGGGCGAGUCGGGGGGAUCGUGGUACAUGGGGUUGGCGUACAUCGACGACGACAGGGGCUGCUUGAUGUUCGACUCGGGCCAGAGCGGCCCCUUCCACAUCCCCAUUGUGGCGGAUCUGCGUGGCUGCAAGGUCUAUCCGGUAGACUACCCGGAGGCGGGCAAGCGAUGCCUGGAGCUCAUCUCGUCGAACCCCGUCAUCGAGGUGCUGAUGUACCCGCGGGAGCAUUCCCACUUUGAUUUCUGGCUGGCCGCCCUCUUGUGUUGGCAGCAGCUGCGGCCGCCGUUGGUGAAACCCUCGGCUUCGAAACCCUCGAGCCCCGCGAGCCCCGUCCGUCCUGAGCUUAAGAGGCGAGGACAAUCCACCGACGUGCCAAAGUCAUCGGCAGUCAUCAAGGUUGGCAAGGUCCAGGUUUGGGACAAGGGGCUGGCUGGUAACCCAUACAUCCUAACGAAGCGGUCGUCGACUAGAGAUCCACGCUCGACGGCAAUGGCAUGGGUCACGGUUUCGUUUACACUAUCAGACAAUGGCGAGCUCAAGCUCAUGGCGGAGAACGAUGGCACGAUACUUGCCAUUAUCGAGAUGUCCCAGUUAUCACGGAGCGCCGUUCAGCAGCUGGACAAGACGGUCCUGGGCGAGGACCACUGCAUCGCCGUAUUCCCCAUGUACGCGCUCAAGGCUCGGCAGCUGAGCGUCUUCCGACCCGUGUAUCUGGCGGCCGAGACCCGGGUCCAGUUCGAGGUGUGGUUCGCCCUUCUUCGGGCAUUCACCGUCCCGGACAUCUACAAACUCGACGAGCCGGAUAAGGACCUGGCGCAGAAGGUGGAGGAUGUCGACAAGGCCCGCCCCGGCGAGGUCUUCCGCGUAGAAAAGACGAUUCAGGUGCGGGUGACGGAGGCGAAAAUGAAGCCCAAGAAUGGGGCGGCGGAGGUAUCGCCCCAGACGCGCCCCGACAAGACCUCGAGAACGAUACUAGUCGACCCGUUGGUUGGGAAUUAUUUGGCUGAGGUCAUGUUGGACGGCGAGGUCAGGGCACGGACGAUGACAAAGGCCUCCACAAAGAACCCUUUUUGGAGGGAGGACUGCGAGUUCACGGACCUCCCGCCCACGAUCCCCCAGCUCUCCGUGAGGUUAAAGAAUGUGGAGGGGUACGUCGAGCCGCCUCACAGCCCCGUUGCCAAAACGUCCAACAACACCAAUGAAGUCAUCUGUGGUACCGUCGACCUAUCGCAAGCGUCGACGGACCCGGCAUCCAAGGACAACGAGCAGUGGCUGCCCAUUCUGGACGACAAGGCGGAGACGAUCGGAUCCAUGCUGAUCCGAGUUGCCCACGAAGAGCUUGUGGUACUUCUGGCAAAGGAGUACCAGCCUCUAGCUGGGAUCAUCCACAACUUCCAAUCUAACCUGACGACGCAGGUCUCAAAUGCUCUUCCGGGCCAUUUGCGUAGAGUGGCAGAGCUCUUUCUCAACAUUUUCCAGGUGUCCGAGAAGGCGAGUGAUUGGAUCAUGGCCAUGGUCGAGGAUGAGAUUGAUGGAAUAGGCAGCCAGGCGACGAUCAAGAAGUACCGCUUUGGCAGCCGAGUGAAAUCAAAUGAAUCAGGGGAAUCUGCCAAUCAUCGGGAUCUUAUGGUCCGAGACAUGAACAAGUCGCUGACGGGCGAGGCGAACCUGUUGUUCCGUGGUAACACGCUCCUGACCCAAUCGCUCGAGUUUCACAUGCGCAGGUUGGGCAAGGAGUUCCUGGAAGAGACGCUCAAGGAUAAGAUUUACGAGAUCAACGAAAUGGACCUGGACUGCGAGGUAGACCCAUCCAAACUCCACCAAGCAGUGGAUUUGGACCAGAGAUGGAGAAGACUCAUCGACAUCACGACUGACAUUUGGAAUUGCAUCUGCACCUCGGCAAAACGUCUUCAUCCUGAGCUCAGAGGCAUCCUUAAGUACAUCCGGGCCGUCGCCGAGGACCGAUAUGGCGACUUCCUCCGUACGGUAGCAUACACGUCCGUGUCCGGCUUUCUAUUCCUGCGAUUCAUCUGCCCCGCCAUUCUCUCGCCAAAGUUGUUCGGGCUUUUGCGUGAUCACCCUCGACCUCGGGCUCAGCGAACGUUCACUUUGAUUGCCAAGGCGUUGCAAAAGAUGGCCAACUUGUCAACGUUUGGCAAACGAGAGGAAUGGAUGGAGCCCAUGAAUAGGUUCCUCGGUACACAGAGGAGCGUGUUCAAGGAUUAUGUGGAUCAGAUCUGCGAUGUGCCCGUGGACCACAUUGUCAAGACGAUACCUCCAGGAUACAGUACACCCUUGACGAUUAUGAAUCGACUGAGUCCUACAGCCCGGGAAGGAUUCCCCAGCCUCCCUUUUCUUAUCGACCAGGCAAGGAACUAUGCUAGCCUGGUCAAGUUGUGGGUGGAUGCCAAGCCAGCAGAGAACUCGAAGAAGGUAACAGUUGAAGGCGAGCUGCUCAUCUUCAACGACAUCUGCUUCGCCCUGCAGUCCCGUUCAGACUCUUGCCUUGCAAAGGAUGAGAGCCUCGAGCUUAGCGAGUUCCGCCCUGGUAUGACCACUGAGGAACUCGCCGAGGUACUCGAGCAAGCCUCCCUUUUCGAGACGACGACCCAUUCAUAUGCAGGCUCUACUACCUGGACGGAGUCAGAGCAGCCUCCUGGAAGCUCAGGCAGUGACACCCUCGAGGAUGAUAACAGACGUAGCAGAGACUUCCGAAGAACCAGAGACGGUCAUGACAAGAAGCGAUACAUGACCAGCGGUGGAACAACCAAGGGCAAGAAUGGCAAAGUCGGGCGUACCAUCCUCAACGGCAUUAUGAGGAUAGGCGGCAGAGCAGACAGUCCAGAACACAAGGAAAAGAAAUCGGACUCAAAGAGCCAGAAGUGA